CCGCCGUGCGCGCCCCCAGCAGCUGCGGACGCGCGGGGGAGAGAGUAGCUGCAAAGAUGGCGGGCGGCGGAGUGGUUGCAAAGUCUGCCAUGUGAGGCCAGGGCCAAUCCUCACCUUAAGGUGCAGAGACUGGGAUCUCGGCCUUUAACGUUGGUUUCAUGGUGACGGUUUUAAGAUGGCGACAGCAGACGGGGAUCAGCAAUCAGAUCAUAACUCUGAGCUGUGUGAUUUAAAACAGAAAGUCAUUAACCUGGAGGAAGAAUUAACAUCUUGUAGAAAUCAACUUCUGGUGUUGCAGAAAGAGUUAAAUCAUACCGAAGUCCUAUACAAAGACACAAAGAGUUGCAACGAAGAGCUGUACAAACAGAUUAAAGAUCUCAGUGAAAAACCCCAUGAAAGAAAUGAAGAAAGUAACAGAGUUGACGUUGAAGUUCAGACAGACCUUUGCUUCACACAUGAACACACAGACUACCAAGAAGAUGUUGAUUUUUAUUAUCAGCUGGAAAAUGAUGAGAAUGAAAGGAGGCGAGUGCCAGGCGAUGUUACAGAUUCUGUUCCAGUUCAGUCUCAAACACAACCACAGACAGACAGCUACCAGUACUCAGAAAUUGUUGAGACAGAUAAUUAUCAGUGCACCGAAUAUCUGGAUAAAUCAACGUUACCAGAUGGAACAGACCAUAAGAAUGUGGAUGAUGAUACAAGGGACUCGAUGAAUACAUCCCUGGCCGAUAGUUUGCGUGCUACAGCAGAAACUGCCAUGUCUCAGACAGGUUUCACAUAUGAUGAAAGUAGUGGGUUAUAUUAUGAUUACAGUACUGGCUUCUAUUAUGAUUCGACAAACCAGCUCUACUAUGAUCCAAACACUGGAAUUUACUAUUAUUAUGAUGCUGGGAGCGGCCUCUACCAGUUUCAUUCUCGAGUGGAUCUACAUUCAUACCACACGGCACAUGCGGAGAGAAAGGUGAAGAAAAAACGUAAAGUAAUUGAAAAGCUAGAGUCAAAAGAAGGAAAGGAUAUUGAAUCAGAAAUAUCAAAAGCUUCAAGCAAUUGUAGAUUCUGGGACCAGGAAGAGAGCAAAUUAUCAUCAUCGGAAAAACGAAGGAAAACAAAAGUGGUGGAUAUUGAUAACAGUUCAUCCAAUGGACUCAAUCAAAAGCUAGAUUUGAGUGUCCAAGGUGAAGGGGAUGUCAAAAUGAAACUGGAAGAAGAGGAUGAGGCUGGGUUUGCUAGUGAACCAGAGGAAGGAGAAAUUACAGAUUCCGAGCAAAGUAGUUUUGUAGAUGAAGAGACGGAAGAAUCAGAUGAAGGUGAAGACAAUGAGAAUAUGAAAGAAGGUCAAUUAUGGCCUCCAUGUAUCCGGGUGAUGGUAGUCCGAUCACCAGUCCUGGAACUUGGUACACUGUUCAUCAUCACUGCAGUAAAGACCGCUACUAUUGGGAGAGAGAAAGAUAUGGGCCACGCAAUCAGAAUAGCUGAACUUGGAGUUAGUAAGUUCCACGCUGAAGUAUAUUUUGAUCAAGAUCUGCAGGAGUACAUGCUGUUAGACAAGGGGAGCCAGAAUGGGACUGUUGUGAAUGGGAACAGGAUCCUUGCAGUAAAAGAUACAUGUGACCCCUACAAGCUCGAACAUGGGGAUGAAAUAAAAUUUGGGGAAACUGUAUUGUCUUUCCACAUCCAUCCUGGAACGGACACAUGCAAUGGCUGUGAACCGGGCCAGGUUAUAGCUCACCUGCGUCUCAACAAAAAAGAACAUGCAGUGGAUCCAGUGCUGAGCAAGCAGGAGAAAGAUAAGUUACGGCGUCACGAGUUAAAACAGAUUCAAGUCAAGUAUGGAUUGCAGAAUAGUGCAUAUGAAAUAGGUGAUGUGCUGAAGAACAAGACGUACAAGGAUCGAGCAGCAAAACGUAGACAGGAGAUUGGAAGUGAUGGUGUUUUCAAAAGAGAUGAUGCUCCUGCUUCAGUCCAUGUGGAAAUCUGUGAUGAUAACAAAGGACGAAAGAUGUUGGAAAAAAUGGGCUGGAAGAAAGGCGAGGGGCUUGGAAAAGGAAGCUGUGGAAUUAAAGAGCCGAUUCAAGUUCACCUUCACCAGUCACAAUCUGGCUUGGGGGCUAAUGUGCCACUUUCAAUUGAAGAUGUACAAAUGUCCAGAUCAAACAAACACAAGAACUGGGCCAAAGCUAGAGCAAGAUUUUCAGAAACCUUCCAGCAGACUGCAAGUCAAAAGGAAGCAGAUGCAAAAACUGUCUAUGUCAAAGCUGAAUGUGAAAGCAGAGAGCCAGAAGAUUCUACAAUUUGACUUUCCUAACAGUUAAUAUUCAUUUUUGGCUACUUUUCCUUUUGUAAGAUAAAAUGCAAAUAUGACCCAUUUUUUAAAA